AUGUGCACGUUUUCACUAACCUUAUUCAAGAAACGACGAUCACAACCACAUCGUGGUAAAUUGAGUGCAAACAGCAGAGGUGAGGCUAGAGAAGGCACCGCAUAAACUAGUGUUGGUCUAAAUUUGGACAUAACAGCAAAUGAUUCCAUUAUAUAAUUACUUCAGUCAACUUUGUCUUCGCUAAAACCCAGGUUUUCGGAAUACGAAAGGAUGGUACAACCAUUCAAAAACGCCCAGCACAACCUAAAGUUUGUUUAAACAACGCAGCUAAAUAUCAAUUUGUCUUAUUUGACACAAAGACAACUUCCCCAGUUAAAGAUGCAGAAAUUUGUCAAAUAACUGCAAUUACAAAAGGAGGAAAAAUCUACAAUAACUAUGUAUUACCAACGCGCAAUAUCAGCCUCUAUGGUAGUUACUAA